AUGCAUAUCUCGCGUCUUUCUCACAUCCCAUGUCCUUCAUCUUCAUACGUAUCGGUGAAGUCCAUUCCCGGCACUAAACACACCAUCGAUGCCAUCCUAGGACUUAGAGGCUCUCACUCUAUGCGAAACAAAUGCUAUUCAAUUGAUGCCAACAUUGAGGCAAACAGUACGGAGCGGUCGUGUGAAUCCAUCGGAUCUAAUAGUAAAUCAGGCGAUGAACAGCCAAUUGAUGACAACAACGACGACGAGACCACAGAUUGCAACGCUAUAUCAAUCCAUACCAUUCCCUCAUCUCCGCUAUCAAUAGAUGAGGACAAUAGUGGAAGUAUUGGCGCUCCCGAUGACGGCCCUAAGAAAAAGCAUCGCAGAAAUCGCACCACUUUUACGACAUACCAAUUGCAUGAACUCGAGAGAGCUUUUGAAAAGUCACACUAUCCUGACGUCUAUAGUCGUGAAGAACUGGCCAUUAAAGUCAAUCUUCCAGAAGUUAGGGUUCAGGUAAGCAUUUCA